AUUAGGGUUGGAGAAUCGAGCAACCCUCUACUAAAAGAUCAGAUGUCCUCGAUGAAUCAGAAAGCUAAUCUGAAGACACACGAUACCAACGGAGCAAUGAAAGGCAGCGCAACAACCCUCGACGAAGGACUCGAAAUGAAAGGCAUGGGCUCCACUAGUCACAUCCUAGAAGGGAAUGAGGAGACGCCGUUGCUGGAGAGGGCGAAUAAAGGGUUGACGCUCUACGCCCAGCAGAUGUAUGCCAUGCUGGUCAAGAAGUUUCUCAAUUUCUUCCGGAACAAGGCCCUCAGCAUCACCCAGGUGUUGACGCCGGUGUUCUUCCUGGUGAUCGCCCUCGUCGUGGCCAAGACGUUUCCCGGCGUCGAAGACUCUCGUCCUCUUCUCAUUUCACUUCAACCGUACCGAAACCCGCAAGUGACGGCUGGGCGCGAGGAGGACGUGGCGCCUUUCCUCCAAGGCGUCUUCGACACUUACUUGAAUUAUCUGAGAGCUGACUUCGGGGAGGAGGUGUACGUGCCUGUCAACGAGACCGUGGAGGAUUUCCUCAUCGAAAAGGGGAAGGAGGAUGUGUACUCCUACAACCUG